CUCGGCCGCGAUGCUUCUCACUUUCUGCUCCAGCUGCCGUCGCCGCCGCCGCCGCCUGGAUCGCCACCGCCAUCCCCGCCUCCUCUUCCUCCUCCUCCUCCUCCUCUGCCUCGAAGCGUCGUUUUCUGCAGCAGAGGAGAGAAGUGCUAUGUCAGGAAAGUUCCGGGAGGGACUGGCUGGGGCCAUGCUCCCCGGGCUCUCCCGCAGGCGCCCGCGCGCAGCCCUUUGUAUGAGGCAAAAGGACUCCUAUGGAAGAUGGAAGUCUUUGUGCGUUUUCCAGAGUGUGUUUCCAAGCCCAUCAGUGAAACAUGAUACUGCUGCUCUGUGUUGAAAUACUUGAAGAACACCUACAUCUCUGCCGGCGCCUUCCAUCCUGCUGAAGCCAUGGUAUUCUCUGCAGUGUUGACUGCGUCCCAUACUGGGGCAUCCAACACAACAUUCGUAGUUUAUGAAAACACCAACAUGAAUAUUACGGUCCCUCCACCAUUCCAGCAUCCCGACAUUGGUUCGCUGCUUAGAUACAGUUUUGAAACCAUGGCUCCCACCGGGAUGAGUUCCUUGACACUGAAUAGUACAGCUGUGCCCCCAACACCAGCGGUUUUAAAGAGUCUAAACUUGCCUCUCCAGAUCAUCCUUUCUGCUAUAAUGAUAUUUAUUCUGUUUGUGUCUUUUCUUGGGAACUUGGUUGUGUGCCUCAUGGUUUACCAAAAAGCUGCCAUGCGCUCCGCCAUUAACAUCCUCCUGGCCAGCCUGGCUUUUGCAGACAUGUUGCUUGCAGUUCUGAACAUGCCCUUUGCCUUGGUCACCAUUCUUACCACCAGAUGGAUUUUUGGGAAAUUCUUCUGUAGGGUAUCUGCCAUGUUUUUCUGGUUGUUUGUGAUAGAGGGAGUAGCCAUCCUGCUCAUCAUUAGCAUCGAUAGGUUUCUUAUUAUAGUCCAGAGGCAGGAUAAGCUGAAUCCAUAUAGGGCUAAGGUUCUCAUUGCAGUUUCCUGGGCAACUUCUUUUUGUGUAGCUUUUCCCUUGGCAGUAGGAAACCCUGACCUGCAGAUACCUUCCCGAGCCCCGCAGUGUGUGUUUGGGUACACAACCAAUCCAGGUUACCGGGCUUAUGUGAUUUUGAUUUCCCUCAUUUCUUUCUUCCUACCCUUUCUGGUGAUACUGUAUUCGUUUAUGGGCAUACUCAAUACCCUUCGGCACAAUGCCUUGAGGAUCCAUAGCUACCCUGAAGGUAUAUGCCUCAGCCAGGCCAGCAAACUGGGUCUCAUGAGUCUACAGAGACCCUUCCAGAUGAGCAUUGACAUGGGCUUUAAAACACGUGCCUUCACAACCAUUUUGAUUCUCUUUGCUGUCUUCAUUUUCUGCUGGGCCCCAUUCACCACUUACAGCCUUGUGGCGACGUUCAGCAAGCACUUUUACUAUCAACACAACUUUUUUGAGAUUAGCACCUGGCUACUCUGGCUCUGCUACCUCAAGUCUGCAUUGAACCCACUGAUUUACUACUGGAGGAUUAAGAAAUUCCAUGACGCCUGCCUGGACAUGAUGCCUAAGUCCCUCAAGUUUUUGCCGCGGCUCCCUGGCCACACAAGGCGACGGAUACGCCCCAGUGCUGUCUACGUGUGUGGGGAACAUCGGACGGUGGUGUGAAUAUUGGAACUGCCUGACGUUUUGGGUGAUGGUUGUUCUUUAUCUGACUUCGAAUUUUUUUCUCGUGGCUUCUCCACUUAAACUAUAUUGUUUUUCAUAGGGUGUGUGUGUGUGUGUGUGUGUGUGUGUGUGUGUGUGCAGUGUGAAGAAAGAAUGGUGAUUAGUUACAAGUCUGUUACCAAGGAUACACAAUAGGGAAGUGAUCACACGUGUUACCUCCAGGGUUCAAGAGAAAUCCUUGACUUAGGGUGGGGGGAUGGUUUUCUGUUCCUUUGAUUGAUUUUGUUUUUCUAGUAGGAAUCAGGAUUGUGCUUUAUUGAGCCUGCAGUUACAGUGGAUUGUAGCUAUUCUGUAUGCUGCUAAGAUGCUUUGUCGAGUUUAUCAAUUAUUUUUUUCUGGAAGAGAAGACACUGCUGCUUUUUGCCAUCACAUUGGAGCCAAAAACCACAUACAUCUCAGUAGAUAAAUAUUUAGUUUUAUUUAAAAAAAUAACCCAAGGGGGUUAGUGACAUUCUAAAGGUCAUGAAUAUUUACUUUGGUGCACUUUAAGAAACAAUGUACAGACUAAUUCAGUCAUGUUUUUCAGAAUUGUUUUUAUACAUGACAUGUUGUGCUUCAGAAAACAUUGCAUUAUUUCUAGGAAGAUAGUUUUUUAAAAAUGUUUUGUCUGUAUGUACAGUUUUAAAGGAGGGAACAUAAAAAUGAAGAACUUUUUCUAAGCACAAUAGUGAUUCUUUGGAGCGGUAGGGCAGAGUUGAGAUAGAGCACCCUUGCGAAUUUCAGUGGGAUGCAGUGAGGCUGUGGCUGGUGCGGGCUGUGGCGAUUCCUUUUACCCAAGGAUUCUCUGAGUCCAGUGGGGAGAAGGGCACCAUUUACUAGACGUCUGCCAUGUGCCAGGCCCUGUGCAUCAUUUUAUCCUCACAGCAUCCUGUGAGGGAAGUAUUAUUUCUUCCUUUUUGCAGAUGAAGAAGGCAAGUCUCAGAGAGACUAAAACCCUGCCCAAGGUUCGUGGUAGAGCUGGGAUCCAAAACUCUGUCCGAGUCCUGAGACUGCAUUUCUACUGUACCACACGGACACCUCAUUCAGGUUCAGGUUUGGACGUUUCAGAGUCAAGAGGGAACUAUGUGUAUCCUUUCAUUUUCUUUUAGACUAAAACCUUCUUUUUAAAAAUAGCUUCAUUUUUUGUAUUACCAAAAGAAAUGUGAAACCAUUACAGAAAGUCUGGAAAAUAGAAAAGAAAAAAUAAAAUCAUUUAUAACUACCUUUUUAGAGCGGAACUAAAAAUCUUAGGUAAGUAAGGGUAUAAGGAAAUAAGGGCAAUUUUUUGGUUUGCAAAACAAGUGACAAUGACUGAGAAGUUAAAUACAGCUGUAUAUAGGUCUUUGCCCUGUGGGUUUAGAUGUUACCAGUUGUCCAGAUGUGUUUCUCAAUGUUCUGGGCAGAACAGCAUUGUUGCCCCAGUGCUUGCCCAGAGCAGAGAUGGCUAUUGAAGAAUGUGAAUGUGCUCAGAGGUGUGUCUCCUGUAAAGAGGUGAAGAUAAGCCCUGGUCUGAGCCUAGAGCAAGUUUUCAUUAAGGCAGGUCUGGGGUUUCAGAUUAUUUAUCUCUUGAUGAUGUUCUGCCUCUCCCCCACCCCAGGUGCAACCAGGGCCUUUGGUGCCCUUCUUUCUCUAAUCAUGAGAACACGUUAUAAAAUAUCCCCCGGGGAUGGAGCUGCAGACUAUGGCCAUAAGUGCUGAAAGUGUAGCCUCUUGGCUACAUCAUGGGCUUUAUAAAUAGGCAAGUUAACCUUGAACAUUUUUUGGAUUUAUAGCAUGUUUUCAGAAUUAUAGUGCUUUGUGACCAGUGGGAAAUUAGCCACUUUUCUUCAGUUGUACAACCAGAGAGUUGGACUAGAUGAAUCUUCAAGGUCUUGUCCAACUCUAAUGUGAGAGUAGAGAUUUUUUUUUUUUUUCUGCGGUACGCGGGCCUCUCACUGUUGUGGCCUCUCCCGUUGCGGAGCACAGGCUCCGGACGCGCAGGCUCAGCGGCCAUGGCUCACGGGCCCAGCCGCUCCGCGGCCUGUGGGAUCUUCCCAGACCGGGGCACGAACCCGCGUCCCCCGCAUUGGCAGGCGGACUCUCAACCACUGCGCCACCAGGGGAGCCUGAGAGUAGAGAUUUUUAAAGAGCCCAGCUGAUAUCAACUUCACUCUUUUGUCUCCAGUAUUAUUUUUUUACAUUUUACUUCAUCAGAUGUUUCUUAAAAUUGAAUAUCUGAAGAGCAUAUGGCACCAUAUCAGGAAUCAGGACUUUGGAAGGUGGACGUCAUCAUGAAAGACCUGGGAAACUCUGCUCUUGAGGCGGUUGUCAUGGUAUUGGAACUCAUUUUCCAGUUAACUUCUCUUUUGGGAUUCAAGCAUGUUAUUCAACAUGUUGUUUUGAGAUCAUCUUCUGAUGAUACUCGCCUACCUCUUUGGUUUCUAAUUUAUAUUAUUCACAGGAAAAAUUGCUUUUAUCCAUAGGAAUCUUACAGAACAUAAACACUGUAGUAGAUAUUAGUAGCACAUUGAAGUGUAUCAUGCUUUCCACUUCCAAUAUAAACUAGAUUUCAGGCAGAUAUUAAUAAGUAUAUUUGAAAUUAGACUUUCUCUGAGGAAAGUCAGCAUGAUCUGUAUUCAUCUUACAUAUUGGCUGUAGGUCUUGAGACUCCUUUUGUGGUUGGAGCUGAAACUGAGCUUUUGUUUUCUUUGUCCUAUUUUUAUGAGCAAUCCUUAGGUACUUUAGUGCUGCCUGGUAGGCAGUGCAUCGUUUGGUGAGAGCUCUGGGGUGCCUGCUAAGAGGCUCAGUGUUUGUGAAAGACAACCGUGAGGGGCCUUUGUGAGAAUUCAGCAACCACACUGAAUAGCAGUUCUCUUUACACUGGAUCGUCUUGAUCAGAUGACAGUUUACAAACCAUUUUGAACGUUUUUAUCAUGUAUACAUUUUGAAAGCUUUAAAAAAAAAGUACUGUGGUGUACCUUUGAAAAAUUUAGGUGCAGUAUCGUAUGUUGCCUAUUCUCCUACAUUUGUCUGAGGGAAAAAAAAUACCACUACUAGUUGUCACCACUGGCUGACAAAAUCAGAAAUGUUUUUGGUUUUGUUUUUCCUUCUGGUGAAUAAGUAAGAAGCAGGAAAGAGAUAAUGAAAUAUUUGUGGUCAAAGAAAGAGUCAAAAGAAAUCCCCAAUAGUCUGCAAGAGUGACAUUCCAACUUUCAUAUGAAUUUGUGUCUAAGUAUUCCCGGGGGGCUUGUUAACAGUACAGAUCCCCAGGGCACCCAGAGGGUCUGAGAUUGGGCCCACAAAUGCACACUUUUAUUUUGUUGAGUAUUUGGCCUGAUGCUGAUUCAAGUGGUCUCUGGGGCAUACUUCAAAGAAACACUCCUGUGGAAAAUAUAUCCACUUAAAUAUUGUCUGUUUUAUCCAAAAAAUGUUUGUUUUGUGUUGGAAGCCAUUAUCUCCUAGUGCAUGGAUAAUGCGCAUUGAGAGGAAAGCCUGUAAUUGUGCCUAAUUUGCUGCCACUCGUAUUAGUGCUGGAUCACGCCAGUGUCAGCUUUACCGUCUUUCAACUGGCAAAAUUCUGAUAAACCAUGUAGUUUCACAGAAGAGCAAAAAAGGUGACUUAAUAUUUGAAAGUCAUGAUUUUCAGGAGUCUGAUUCCUCUAAUAUUUUCUUUUCUCAUAGAGAGGUAUCUUUAUUGUACGUAUCCUCCCAAAGCGUAUGAGGGGAAUGCAAAGAUUCAUCCAAUUCCUAUUGCUGUGCUUAUGCCAGCUGUGUUCAAUGGAAGCAUGAAGAACAUAAAAUAACCAUUUUAAUCUAUGUAUUUCAGUUGCUGACAAGGAUAUUUAACUUAAUCUUGAUCUUUGCUUUUGUUUACAUGACAAUAUUUAUGUAUAUAUCACAGGAAAAAUGUUCACUUGCUUGACAUUUUACUCUUCCAUGAUUUUUAGUUUAUGUUUAAAGGACUGUUUAAUUCAAAUUUAUUUUCACAACCAUAGUCUUCAUUGAAAACUCGAUUUUUAUAAUAAUAAAUGAAAACGUCAAAGCACAUGUUUGUUAUUACAAGUAAAUGGUAAUACAGUUCUUAGAUAUAUAUUGGUACUAGUCCUCUGUAAUUUAAAUUAAUUUAUUUUACAAUAGUACCUAACCUAUAUGAAAAAACCUCUUUGAAUUUUGGGUUGCAAUAUUCAAAAUCAAAAUGUAUGAUUAUUUGUGCAUAUUCUUAUUACAACCAGGAAAAGAGCUCCCAAUAAGAAAAUGAAUAAAUGUUUCACAUUUCUAAAAGUGAAGUUUUUUUAAAAGGACUGCUUCAUUUAUCUUAGAAAAAAUUGUCAUGAAUGAUACUUUUUGUUAAAUUAAAAUCUGAGUUUAGUUUCAAA